UUAUGGCAGUCAAAAAGACAUUUUAUGUUUUAACGAAUAUUUGCACAUGUUUUAAUGUGAGAAAAAAUGCAUUUAGUUGUUGGAGUCGGGCAAUGAAUAAAAGUACUUUGAAUACGCUUCGGGAUCCGCCAGAGCCAAGCGGUAAAGACACGACGGUCUGGUCGAAAAGCGGUCCACUGAGCACGGUUCUAAAGAAUGCAAUCGAAUCGCUGCUGCCGAUUGAGACAAGGCGAGGCGAACUGGCAAAGGCGGCCAUGCAGCAGAACUUCAGCAGUAAACUACUGAAGAGGCAUCGCGUGGAGCAGCAAAUCCUCGCCCCCAAUACCAUGGAAACGCGGGGAACGACAACGCAACGCCUCAUGGCCCUAAUGCAGUACAACAUCACGCAGAUGGCGUCGCCGUUUGGCUAUGAGACAUCCGAUCUGGCCAGCAGGUACGCACGGCUCGGAGAAAGCCAUCACGAGGAGGAUCAACGCGAUCAGAGCAAACCCAAUCGAAGGGUAAGGGACAUCCAUCCUCCAAGGGAAUCCGCCACACUCCCAGAAGGCAAAAAGGAGCAGAAGAGUGUCGGGCAGCAGCAGCAGCAGCAGAGUCUCAAGGAUCGGCAGUUGGAGUAUAUAGAUAACCUCAUACAUAUAGCCAGCACGAAGCAAAAGAUCGAAGGACACGAGGAGCCCAAUCGUAGGGCCAGGGACAUGCUCCCUCCGCUGGAGGAGGAGAAGGCACCUUCGAUAGAAUCUACCACUCUCGGGGAAACCAACUGGCAAAAGAAGCAGCAUAGAGAUAGCCAUAUAGAUAUAGCCAGCAUAAAGCAGAAAAUCGUAAGAAACGAUCGCAUGAUGUGCACCAUUCGAAGGAUGGAGCAAUACGCCCAUAUGCCAAUCGACUUUCAGCCCAAAAUAUUCCGCCACGACUAUCACUGGAAACUGAAGAAAAUCAAUAGUGUUGAUAAAUUCUUGCCCAAGAAGCAGCUCGUCGAAAAAAAGCUGCAGAAGGAUCAAAAGGUGCCCAAAAAGGAAAGUCAAGGAAAACAGUCAGAUUACGAACACAUUCCAUCGCAACGCACGGCCCGCGUCACCAAGAGCCCCGAAAGGGCCAAGAAAACGAAGAAAUUGUUGAAAAUUGGCUCAAACCCUGAGAUCAGAUCGAAAAUGUUUCCCACGAAGAGGAUGAAGAAGCAAACUCCUGGACCUUCGACUGGAAGGGAUCUGUAGGGAUAGAAUUUCUUCAAGGACAUCAGCGGAAGAACAGAGGGCUCGAGAACGUUUCGGACGUUGAAUUAUUCGAGAUGUUCUUCUAAUGUAAAUGGAAUUUUAUGAAAUAAAAAAAAUAUAACCAUA